AUGGUCGCCUUCGCGCUCGGCUCGCUCUCGGGCUGGGACAACGAGAGCGAGCGCCGCCGCCGUAACACGCAGCACGCGGCGCUGCUGACGCUGCACGACUUUUUCGCCGACAGGAAGAAGGCCGACGCUCCACUCCGUCCGCACGCCUCUCGUGGCGCGACCAUGGCUGCUCGCCAGGCUGCUGCUCGUCAGGCUGCUGCUCGUCGUGCCGCAACCGCAGCUCCUCGCCUUAAUCCUUGCCCUGCUGCUGCUGCUGUUGCUACUACUACUACUGCGGAGACCUCGACUGCUGCUGCUACUGCUGCGGACGCCUCGAACGCUGCCGCCAACAUUACUGCGAAGAACUCGAAUAACACUGCCGCCAACAAAGACGACGGCGGCAGCAGCAGCGCGUUCCAGUGCCACGUCCUCGACGACCCGCGCGGCUUUCUCAAGCUCAACAGCGCCAGCGUCGCCGUCGGCAUCGCGCCUGACUUCCCGCUCAAGCAGAUCGUCGCCGACAUUGCGCGCCCGGCCGUCAUCAUCCGGGAUAAAUGCUGCCUCUGCGGCAAGGACUGCAUCCACCACUUGGACCGCAAGGCGAAAGAUGGCGAGGACGACAACGGCUCGGACCCCAUGACUCCGCGCGUCGCGGCCAUGCUCAAGGUCGCGUGUAAAGAGGUCAAGUUCCCCGGCGACGAGCUCGGCGCCUUCGGGGGCCUCAUCUACAUCCCCAAGUUCAUCGUUGGAGCGUUUUGUUUCUGUUUUGGUCUGGGCUACGCGCGGGAGCGGAGGGCUUUGAGUUGA